AUGAGCCAGCUCUACCCCGGCCAGCUGCCCGCCUCGAUGGUUUACCUCUACGGGGCCGAGCGGGGAGCCUUGUCAGGCGCGCUGGGCUUCGGGCCGGCGGCGGGGGUGCUUCCCAGGCAGGAGUCCCCGCAGAAGCCGCCCUACAGCUACAUCGCGCUGAUCGCCAUGGCCAUCCAGCAGGCGCCCGAGCAGAAAGUGACGCUCAACGGCAUCUACCAGUUCAUCAUGGAGCGCUUCCCCUUCUACCACGACAACAAGCAGGGCUGGCAGAAUUCCAUCCGCCACAACCUCUCGCUCAACGAGUGCUUCGUCAAGGUGCCCCGCGAGAAGGGCCGCCCGGGGAAGGGCAGCUACUGGACGCUGGAUCCCCGCUGCACCGACAUGUUCGAGCACGGCAACUACCGGCGGAGGAAGAGGAAAACCCGCGGCGGGCCGCAGGCACCGGACGAGGCCGGGCUCGACCGGGAGGGCGCCCCCGCAGAAGCCCCCAAGAGGCGCCUCUCCAGCCCCCCCGGCGGCCAGCAGCAGCGCCCCCGCCUUCCCCUCCAGCCCGGCGCAGAGGAGGAGCUGAAGCCGAAUCCCGGCGUCCGAGAGCAAGAGGAGGAGGAGGAAGAGGAGGAGGAGGAGGAAGACGCGCGGAGCCGGCUGGCGGCUACGGCGGCGGGAGAGCGAGGCUCCAAGCCGGGCCCGGCUGAGCCGCCCCUCCGGGGGUCCCCAGUUGGCCUCUCCCCGCCGCGCCCCGAGGAUGGAGCGCCCCGCCUUGGAGAGGGUCCCGCCGCGCGCUUCUGGGCGCCCUCGGCCGCCAGGUUUCCACAGAGCCCCGAGGCGCCCCCGCGGGCUGCGGCGCCGGCUGCCAACCGUGCAGAGUCGCUCCGACCCCCGCGGGGCUCGGCCAAGCCUCGCAGCUUCAGCAUCGAGAGCAUCCUUGCGCGGAAAGUCCUGGCGGCGCCGCCCAAAGGCGAGCCCAGCGCGGCCAUCUCCAAACUGGACCAGCUGGUGGGCAGCGGCGGGCACGGCGAGACCAACGAAGCGCGCCCGGCUUUCAACGCCUCGCUGGUGCUGGAUUCCCACUUCCCCGGCCGGUUCUACCAGCUGGGCAUCCCCUUCCUCUCCUACCUACCCCUCCGCUUCUCGGAGACGGUUUUUCACUUCUAAAGCGCUCGCAGCUCCGCGCGCAGCCACGAAAGACGCAGCCCACCUAUUGAAGCUCCUUUCUUCCCGCGAGGCCGCUGGAAGUGGGGGUUCCCACGUGCGAGCCCAACUUCGUCACUUGCCGGGUUUUUCUCGAUCCUCGAGAUUUGACCCACCGUCCAUUCGGCCCUGAAUGUCGCAGCGUUUUUGCUUGGGCUGAAAAGAAAGCGGAUCGCGCAGCCGAAUCAGCCGGUUUGAGGCUUCAGGCUUUGCCGCCGAGAAUUCCUGGGAUUGUAAACCCGGCCUUUGCCCACUUCGCUUCGGAACUUCCUUCCGAGUACAGUUUAACCUGCUUAAACCAUGCGAUCCGGGGCGAAAGGGCGUCUCGGGAGUGGAUCCCUCAGGGAAGACCGUUUGCCCAAGUGAAGCGUAAACAAUAAAUUCCAAAUUCUCUGGGACUUUUGGAGUAGCUACAGCUUUCCCCAUUUUUUUUGCCCUCCUGUCUAUGCAUUGCUUUAUUAUUAUUAUUAUUAUUGUGUCAUUCCUGCGGCCUCUGACAUUUGGAACGGGCCCGACUGGAUGAUCUCUGGGAUUUUAAACAAAGUCACGCUUUAAUGCUACGAGUCUAAAAAAGGAGGGCGGUUUGUUUGCAAUGGAAACAUGUUACAGGCGUUUUGGGGGAGGGGGAUAUCCAGAUUUUACAGAAUCGGAACCUCCAGCGUUCUUUUCCGCAGAAGUUGAAG